UAAAGUAGAAUAUGAGUUCAACCGGUUAAAAAUCAAAGUAAAGAACAGGAUUGUUGAGCAAGUACAGUUUAUAUACAUUAUAACUUGAUACUAAUUGAUUGUCAAGUUAACAUAUGACGCAACGGAUUUGUUAUAAAUGCUAGUUUGGGAUGUUUGAUUUGUUUAGGAAUGAUAAAUACUGCACUAUUAUUAAUUUGUUGUUGUUUUUUUAGAGUGAAACAAAAUGUAAACAAUAUCGAGUAUUGACAUGCUGAAACAAACGUGAUGCCAUUAGAUUACCUCCUAUGCUUAUUCGUAGAAUAUUAAAGCGACAUGAAAUACCGUCUGUUGUAAACCAACGCAAACGAUAGCCGAACCUUUCAACCUAAACACUGAGGGUCCUUAAGGCUUCCCUUGGUGGUUUGUUUUCCUUGAAGGAAGCUUUAAAAGUGCAGCUAUAGCUGUGGCAACCUGCCUGCAGACAAUCAAAGAGAGAAAAGGGAAGAAAGGGCCUUUGUUUGGGCUUAUUGCCCUGUCUGGACAGGACCCGCGGAUUCCAGGAGGGUCAUUUCAAUAUCGACCAGACAGUGUACUAGACAGUGACCUUGACAGUCCAACGCUCCGUUUACCAGGUUUUUCUUUAACAGCUCAUUUUCUUUCCUCCAAAUGAGAGCGCGAGGACGCGUGUGACAUCAGCGCCAGCUGAGCUAGAGACGCACACAGUUGACGAGCAGUGGUUUGAAUGUGAAAUUUGGAUUCGUGGGAAUACUGGAUCGGAGGCGUGGAAUGACGAGGCGAGGAGGCGCAACACAUGGCCUCUUUCUCCGAGGUAAAGUGGCGAUUCAAGCCGGUGCGUUGCUCUCUUUCUGUUGUCAUAACAUGCGAUAUGAAGUGACACCAUGACACCCCGUUGCGCCCACUGACGCGCAAGUUACGACAUUUGAUUGGUGUUGGUGCUGCAUUGCGAGACUCCCUAACUAGAUGCAAUCAUUUGCAAUGAUUGUCGAGCUAAGUGACCGCAACGGAACGCGAGCUUCCCCAGUUCCACCAUUUGAUAUUAGCGUUUCUAUUUAAGGCUGGAGCGAGGCCUGCUGCAUUUGGGUUAGAUAGCUAUCGGAUAUCGGCUGACUCGCAAAUCGUUCCCGAACUGAAUGAAUGCUCUCACAUAACACUUCACUGGCAUAUUUGUAACACAACGAGGGCCAGUCAACACGCAUGUGCAAGCAGCAGCAUAGACCCUCUCACUUUUUGAAAUACCACACCCAUUAUAAUACAUAUGAAUUCAUUAGAUCAGUUUGUUUAUUUUUUUAUUAUUAUUUAGAGUAUUAUUAAUCAUCAGUGUGUUAAGGCAAAGGGUGGGUGUUGUUUUUUCUAAUCUGCAGAGCAUCUUGGAAUACCUUCAUUUAUUAUUUGUGUGCUACAGGUCCUCUCUUUAUGCCACAUUCUAAACAAUUGUUUAUUCUAUUUUGUUGAUUAAAAUGUCCAUUCAUUUCAUUUAAAUAGAGAAUUUGAGUUCAAAAUCAAGUUCAACCCACUGUGCCUCGUGAACUUGAGUGAAUUGACGGCAUUACAUUACAAUACAAUUACAAUUGCGUGCUAUGUGUUAUAUUUAGGAUAAGAAAAUUGUUGUCCUCGACUAUUUUGCCAUAAUUGCCAUAAUUGAGACAUAAAAACUCCCCACUGCUCAGUUAUGAAAACAUUUGACAUAUUGAUUGUGUCUUCCUUAAUGUAUAGGAAGGGUGGUGGUAAAUUGUGAAUUUAUAAAGGGAAAGUCGGAUUUGCAAAAUUAUUCAUAGCUGUGAACGCUAAGAAAUUGCGUUAUUUUUUAUUUCAGUUGACGAGAAGUCUGUAGACCUUGGAGAGGAAUGCAAAAACAGGCAAAACGUUGAAAUGUAAAAAUAACUUAGGAAUUCAAACCCAAGGCCAUGCAAAGAUUAAAGCAAUGUCAGUCACGAGCAUGCCUUUGGGGCUGAUGGUCGGGGAGCUCGAUGACCAAAGCCCACAUUAGAAAUGAAGGCUGUAUACAUAAAUAAUUUGCACAUGAUGGGGAAGUUUUUCUGCAGAAAACGUGUGCUGGGAACUUUUGUGUUGAUAAAAGAGGCAUUUUGUGUCAGAACGGAGCUGUAUAUUCUAUAUUUGUUCUGUUUUGCCAGAGCUGCAUCUACAAAUCAACUAAUUAGCCUCGAUAUAAAGCAGAGAAACUCUGCUGAUUGUAUCAGUUGAGUGCCCUCGGAUAUCUUGUAAAGUUCAUAUAAAAUAAUUGUGAGCAGUAUAACAAUCCCACAGAGUUUGGCUGUGAACGUUUAUUGGAGGUAUCUGUUAAAGUUGUUCAUGUGAGGUGUACUAGGGGAUAUUAUGUGAAAUAUAUCCUCUUAAAGUAACCUUGUAGAAUAUCGUUCUCUUUUACACAGCCAAUGGCUUCAACCUGCUGACCCCGUUACUGUAUGUGAGUAGAGUGGGGCAAUGAGCAUCAGUCUUUUCUUAAAAUAAGCUUGUAAAAUUGGGACAUCACAGCUUUAUAUGACAUGGAAUUCAUCCAUAAUUUGCUAGAAAACAAGAGGUCAUAUGCACCUUCUUAUUCCAGAAAAAUAGUUUUCAUAAGAAAUGGUAUUUAAAAACGUUUGCCAGCUUAUAAAGAUAUUAACAUAGCCCAUGCGGUUCCAUGAGUGUAAAGGGAGAAGCUUCCUGGGCUCCCUUUGGGACUCCUCACGUGACUCAAGUGAAGAAACAAUUCUGCAUUUUUAAUAAAAUGUUUUUAUUGUUUUUUUUAAAAGCAUAUAAACCUCUUUAAUACAGAAGGUAAUUUUUUGUUUUGUUUGAGAUACAACGAGUGGGUGGUACUAUGUGUAGCAGAAGUUAGCCUGGACACGUGGUUUGAGGGAGACCAAUCAGGGGCCCCUCCAGGUUUAACUAUGUUAAAUGUCAGAUUGCAAUAAACUAGAAGCUGUUGGUCGGGCCCGUGGAAAUGGGCGAGCAUAAUCUCCUUAAUCCAGGGUUUGUGGGACCUUUGGUAAACAUCCACACAGGAGACACAUUUUACUUUCCGAAUUUUAGAGCUUCAGGGGGACAACUGGCGGGGCUACCGCCGCUCUCCUACCCGAGAAGGGACAACGUUUGCUCCCUUCCGUGGAACCCUUCGGAGCCGUGCAAUGGAUACUCUCAACCCUACUUUAGCAGCCCCGUGUCUAUUAACCCGCCCUUCAAUCGCUCGUGUGAAGUUAGCAGACCUGAAGAGGGAAAAUGUUAUUAUAGCAACGGGAACAGGGAGACCUGUUCUGGCGGCGGCAGCAGCCUCAAACGAGAGGACAGGGCGAGAGACACAUCAUCAUUGACAUCCGAGCACGGGAUGCACAGUGGAAUUGGCAGCACAGCAGUCUUCGCCAAAUAUGAUUAUGGGACCGAACAGCUCACGCAAGACCCGCCGUCCUGUCAAUCUAUGGAGUCCGACUCCAGCUCCUCUCUGCUCAACGAAGGCGGCAAGCCUCCAUCCAGCGACACGCAGACCAUCGUGUCACCGGGAAGCCAUUCAAGCAACAUAGCCAUAGGCGGAGGUGCCCCGUGGUACCCGAUGCACACUCGCACCAGAAAGAAGCGUAAACCGUAUUCCAAACUUCAACUGGCUGAGCUAGAAGGUGAAUUCAUGCUGAAUGAGUUCAUCACCAGGCAGCGGCGGAGGGAGCUCUCCGACCGGCUGAACCUCAGCGACCAACAGGUGAAGAUCUGGUUCCAGAACCGCAGGAUGAAGAAGAAGAGACUCAUGCUGAGGGAGCAAGCCUUGGCCUACUUUUAGAGAUGCGGAAAAAGGUGAAUGAUUGGCAGAAAAAAGCCAAUCCCUCUACGCUCCCGUUGGUGUCGUUUCGAUGCAUGCACUCAUCCAUACGUCGUUUGGAUCGCAGGCGAUUGUUACAACACGUUGUGAUAUUAUUUUUGUGUCUCUUAGGCGCGGGCCACACAAACCCAAAACAAGUAACCACCUGUGAUUCAGACAGAUAGUCAGUGAGGCUGCCUCUAUGUUUGGUAUAAUCGCAUAAAAAGCGGUGAAGAUACAUUUUUCUCCUCUGUUCCUUUUCUAUGUUUGUCUUCAGCGAGAUAACUCAGUUUGCGAUGAAACAUAAUGACAUCGUCAUUUUUAUCCCACAUUUAGUCAGGGGAAAUAUGGAAAAAUAAAUUGGUAGAAAGAAAGAAAAGACUCAAUACACGGUCUCAUCCGUAAUUUCUCUUUUGCGUCAUGAACAGAAUAUUUCCACAGCUAUUUGUUGGGUAAGAGUACAGCAUCCUCUUUAUCUCCUUUACAUAGCUUUGCCUUUCUGGGACGUUCACGGUCACAGACAGGAAGUCUGGCCGCCUGCAUGAGGAGGGGGCAAUUGUAACCCACAUUGCUGUCCUAAUGACUUUUCAUUGGGAAAAAAAAAACGGAUUGCAGUGACUUCGUUCAUGCGCUAAGACGUUUACGGUAUUUCUUGUCGCAUCUCUACUUGUAUUACAUUUAAACGUCUUAUGGAAAUCUGCGCAGAAUACUGCAUGGGUCGCAUUUCUUAAAUUGAGUUUAAUCAUCGUUUGAAUAUGAGUUUAAGCUGCUAUUAACGUCCAGAAUGUGCCGUAAAUUCUCCUGAAUCUGUCAUGGAAAUACUCGCAAUUACAUGUAAGAUUUUAGGUCAACUUGGUUAAACAAGGGAACUGCUUAAAGUUACAUCAUGGGGGGCGGCAGGGUACGUUUUAGGCCUGGGAAAAAAAAGUAAAAGUAAACUAGGGAAGUUACUAUGAUUGCGCUCCCUUAAUGCGGGAGAAUACAGUGCAACAUCGGUCAUGCAAAACGAGUAAGCUAUAGAAGUGAAAUGUAUUUACAGCAUGUUAUUGAUGUGAAAUAGCUAAAAGUGUUUUUCUGCGGGCCACUUCCUCUGUAGGUGACUUUUUUUAAUACAUGUUUUUCUGAACAAAUCAAAAGUAAACACGACCUUGAACAUUUUCACACAAACGUCUGCAAAGAAUGUAUUAUCAUUGAUAUUAUUUUUUAAUAUUAGACUAGGAUGGAAACUGAGGGCUUAUUACCCAAAUGUACUUGCUCUUUGCAAUGUGCUCAAUGUUGUCCCUCCCCAUGCCUUGUACUGUAUAACUUUGUAAAAUGACAUUUUCAUAUAUUACCUUUUGCAUCCUGUUUGAGGAUCCCAUAUCGCUAUGUAAUAGUGCGUUAUGUUAUUGAUCGUCUUGUACUAUAUCGCAUUCCAUAUAGCCUCUUCGUGGUUAAAAGGGUCCGAAAUUUAGGCCUAUUAUAUCAUACUGCCAAAAAUUGAUCUAAGAAGUGGUAUGCAACACGUUUUACCGCACAUGCAUUUAAAUAAACCAUGUUUCAGUGUGAUAGUUGUUUGUCAUUGUUCUCUAAAUUCGUCCCUCAUUGCAUUCCCUUCUUUGCCCUCGUAAGGAUUGCUACGUUGUCUUGUAAAAGUAAUAAUGAUAUGAAUGUAUAUGCUUACGGUCUUCAAUAAACGUACUAUUGAAACGUA